AUGAGGGCCCACAAUGUAGCCAAUUGUGACUUGUCCUGCUUCUGUCUAGUUUCUCACUCUGUUUAUGCUCUUUCUUCUAUUCCAGAGCUGAAGAGCUUAGCACAAUGUGGGGGUGACAAGAUUGUUCUCCAGGGCCAGGCAGGGAUACCUGGAAUUCCAGGUGUGCCAGGAACAAAUGGACUUCCUGGAGCCAAGGGUGAGCCAGGACCUCAGGGCCCUCCAGGUGAAAAGGGCUCUGCUGGGAUACCUGGAAAAGCUGGACCAAAGGGAGACAAAGGAGACAAAGGAGAUAAUGGGGAACCCUGCCGCUCAGGAGGCUGUCAGCAGGAAGGGGGAAGAGCCAGAAAUUGCAAGGAGCUCCAUGAACAAGGAGAGACGCUCACUGGCUGGUACACCAUCUAUCCAAUCACAGGGAAAGCAAUGGUGGUUUUCUGUGACAUGGAAAUAGAUGGAGGGGGCUGGUUGGUCUUCCAGAGGCGCCAGGAUGGCUCUGUCAAUUUCUACCAUAACUGGGAAUCAUACAAGAAAGGAUUUGGGAGGCAAGGAUCAGAAUUCUGGUUGGGCAAUGAUAAGAUCCAUCUUCUCACCAGUUCUGGGACAGAGCAAUUGCGAAUUGAUGUGGAAGAUUUCAACGGUUCCACAACCUUUGCAACAUAUUCCAGUUUCAGAAUUGCAAAUGAAAGUGAAAAUUACAAAUUAAUAUUGGGUUCUUAUUUGGAUGGCAACAUGGGGGAUUCUUUCUCAGGACAUAAUGGCCUGGCAUUCUCUACAAAAGACAAAGACAAUGAUGCCCAUAAAUCUGGAAGUUGUGCUGCAAUGUACAAGGGAGGUUGGUGGUAUGGUGUCUGCCACACUUCCAACCUGAAUGGCCUUUAUCACAAAGGGGAACAUAGCUCUUAUGCUGAUGGCAUCAACUGGGCUGCUGGGAAGGGGCAAAAUUAUUCUUACAAAUAUGCGGACAUGAAAAUUAGACCUCAAUAGAUGAAAUAUCAGUAUAUUCUGGAUUGUUUAACUCUGAUUGCUGAAUGAACUUAUUAUUAUGUGAAUAUCCUCCUGAAUUCUGUUCCUGAAAAAAGAAGAUUAAAUAGUGGCUAUCCAAACAACUGCAUAUGUAAUUCAAAAAUACAAAUAAAUGGAGGGAUAGGGUCCUUUGAGAAUGGAGGAUACUCAGCUGUCUCUUGCAUGAGAAUUUAGCUUCUUCAAUUUGGGAUGUUAUCCACCGUUAUCUUAUGGAAGGCCACUAGCCUAAUAAACUUUGUUUGAAUGUCUAGAUUCUUUUCUUUGCUAUACUACAUAGGAAUGUCGCAGUGGUGGGUUCCAGAUUCCGUUCCAACCCUACCGCCAUCACCCAUGUGGAUGUCCAUGCCAUGCACACACAAAAGUCCUCUUUUCUGAUAAGAGCAACUUUGAGGCAGUAAUUGCUGCAAAAGGGGCCCAAACCAAGUACUGAGUA